UCAGGCAUAAAGAGUCAGGGGGCAUUUAACAUUUUAAACAAAUCCUUUAGCUGCUCAGAGUGUGAUAAAGAGUUUCUCCAAAGGCAGUCUCUUCAAAAACACAUGACAUGUCAUUCAAAAAUAAUUAUCCUCCAGCUCCAGCUUGGAAAUUAAGAAAUCUCAUACAGUGAGGAAAAAUGUAGAGUCUCAGAGGACAGACCACACCGAAGAGAAACCAUUUGGCUGUAAUGUUUGUGAAACAACUUUAAGACAGCGGUAUAGUCUUGACAGAGACAUGAGAGUUCACACAGGAGAGAAACCAUUUGGUUGUGAUAUUUGUAGCAAAAGAUUUUCAUAUUCACGAGAUUUGAAAAGACACCAGAGUGUCCAUACAGUAGAGAAACAAUUUAGUUGUGGUGUUUGUUGUAAAAGAUUCAAGCAGAAGAUGCAUUUCAAGGCUCACAGAAAAGUCCACACAGCAGAGAGGCCAUUGGGUUAUGAGCCAUAUAGCUGCGAGGUUUGUGGCAAAAGAUUUAACCAAAACACUCAUCUUAAGUCUCAAAUAAGAAUCCACACACGAGAGAAACUUUUCUGUUGUAAGAUUUGUACAAAGAAAUAUAGACAUUCUUCUACUUUCAAUAAACACAUAAAAAUUCACACAGGAGAAAAACUGUUUAGAUGUGAUGUCUUUGGUAAGAUAUUUACUAAUCACGAAAGUUUGAAGAUUCACAAGAUAGUCCAUACUGGAGAGAAACCAUAUGGCUGUGGUGUUUGUGGCGAAGGAUUCAACCGAGGAAGCAAUCUGAAGAGACACAUGCAACUUCAUGUGGGAGAGAAACCAUUUGGCUGUGAAGUGUGUGGGAAGAACUUUACAUGAUCUGAAAAACUGAAAAGACGUGAAAGUUAAUGUAAAAGAGAAACAGUUUGGUAGUGCAGAAAUUUUUACGUGACAGGGAAGUCUGAGACACAUGGGGACAUGUUAAUAAUGUAUUCCCAGUUGUUCACAUUUCCAUUAUUUUGUACAAUUAAUUGCUACAUAAAUAUAAAACAGUGAUACUAGUUGUACUUGGGGUAAUAUACAAUCUAUCAUUGGUAAAUCAGUACUUAUAGGUAAGAAAUUAGAC